AUGUCUGCAGUUUCAGUUCUUGAUGAAUUCUUAGAUGAUUAUAUCGAUGAAGAUGAAGAAAUCGAAAGAUUAUCACAUAUAAAAGAUCCGAGUGCGGCCGAACCAGCGAAAAAUCAUGUUGGAGUCAAUGCAGAUCAUGCUAGUAAUAAAACCCAAUUGGGUAAUACAAUCAUCAGUCAAAAUUUAAGUAUUUUCCAACAAUCACAUCAACAUAAUUUAUUAUAUUUAAGGAAUGAAUUGAGGAUAGCAAACCUUCAGAAUUACUGUGAUCCAAAUAAUGACAAAUUAUUGAGUGAAUUGAACAAUACAAAUUUUGAAAAUUUAACAAAAAAACAGAAAAGGCAUCUAGGAAAAUCAAAUUCAAAAUAUAUUUUAAACUUUACAAAACUCGAAGAAAAAAAAUCUUCAAAUUUCGGCCUACAAUGGCACUUGGCGCAUAGAGAAUUAAUUUUAGGUGAUUGGGAAAGAAUAAAAUUCUUAGCUAGAGGUUAA